CCGUGGCUGUUAGUUUAAGAGGUUGGGCUUCCCGAGGUAAAAAAGCGACGUCGGAUCUCUUAAUAGAGGAAGAAAAGAAGCAGCCAGCGGCAAUGGCUGCCAAGCUCUCUGCUCUCCUCUCCGCGCUUGUUUUGCUUCUCUCUCCUCUAUCUUAUUCAAUCGUACCGACCCUGAGCCUGGGGAUUGGAAUCAACUACGGCCAGAUUGCCGACAAUCUCCCCCUUCCGGCCCAAGUCUUGACUCUCCUCAGAUCCAUAAACGUCAGCAGAGUCAAGCUCUACGACGCCGAUCCAAACGUACUGAGCGCGUUCGCCAACUCAAACGUCGAAUUCGUCAUCAGUAUCAGCAAUGGCAACCUCCAAAACAUGACCAGCGCCGUCAAUGCCCAGAGCUGGAUUCAACAGAGCGUUCAGCCAUAUAUUUCCCAGACCAAAAUCAGCUGCAUCGUCGUAGGAAACGAGGUUUUAGGGGGCAACGACACCCAACUCAUGUCUUACCUCCUCCCAGCAAUGCAAGCCGUUUAUACUGCUCUCGGAAAUCUUGGGCUGAGCAGUCAAGUAUAUGUAACGAGUGCCCAUUCCCUGGCUAUUCUAGCCAAUUCCUUCCCUCCUUCCGCCGGGUCUUUUCUUCCGUCUAUCGCUAGCUACAUUCAGCCCAUUCUCAGUUUCCAUUCCCAAGCCAAUUCGCCGUUUCUUAUCAACGCAUACCCAUUUUUCGCCUAUGCAGAUAACCCGGGUGAGGUACCACUAGACUAUGUCCUUUUCGAGCCUAAUAAUGGGACAGUCGAUCCGAGUACGAAUUUGAACUAUGACAAUAUGUUGUAUGCUCAAAUUGAUGCCGUUUAUUUCGCGAUGAAAGCGAUGGGGCAUACGGAUAUCCCUAUCAAGAUUUCCGAGACCGGUUGGCCUUCAAAAGGGGAUCCUAAUCAGGUAGGAGCAACGGUAGAGAACGCGGCGUUGUAUAAUGGGAAUUUGUUGCAGCGUAUACAGGAGAAGCAAGGUACUCCGGCGAAUCCUACCGUCCCAAUUGAUGUGUAUGUUUUCGCACUUUUUAACGAGAAUUUAAAGCCCGGUCCGACUUCAGAGAGGAAUUAUGGGCUCUAUUAUCCUAAUGGUUCCCCUGUUUAUAACAUUGGAUUACAAGAAGGAGGAAAUCUUCCGCAGUUAAACUACUCAGCUUCCAGCAUAAAUGUGUUCUCUUAUUUAAGUUUUCUGGUUUUGAACAUAGCAGUCUUGUUAUGUGCUUGAACCUGGAAAUCCGUGGUCAAAAAAUUUAAACAGGGGAUGGGGAAAAAAGGAGUGGCUCAUGGGUUUCGUUGAUAUUUUCUCCCUAUAGCUGAAGGAGACAUAACAAAGGGAGUCAACGACGGGCCGGAGAGCUUUCUUCAUGAUCAUCAUUCCCUGUUACGUUACGCUUAAUCUUUCAUCCCACCAAAGUCAGAUCCGGGGAAUUUUGUCUUUUCUUUUCACCAUUAUUAGUAGUAGUAUUACUUUGACAAACGAUUAGACAGUAGAGGGUAUUUUCAUUUUUAAAGUUUGAAAUAGUAGUAGUUAGUUAAUAAAGUGAAAUUACGGUGGAAUUACCCACGAUUACAUUAUUAUUCUUUAAAAUACGUCGAUUUAUGGAUAAUUAUAUAGUUCAGUGCAGAUUA